AGGUAACUAGAACCUACCUACCUACAUAAUAUAAAUAUAUUUUGUUUAGCUAUUUUGAAAGUACUUAUGUACCUAAUAUUCAUUUAUUUCAAUUAAUGAUGUUGUACAGUUAUGUAUUAUCUAUGUAAUACACUCAAUAAACGGUUCAUCAAACCUAAGCAAAAAUAAUAUUGAAGCCGGACAAAUUGAUAAAGCAGUUACUAAUACAUAAACAUACUUUAUUAAUAAACAAUAUUCGUCCGCAAAUUCGAAAUAUAAUAUAUAAACUAAUAAUGAAGCUUUAUUGUUUAAGCAACGAUGCAGCGAAGCCUUGCUUUGUGUUGUCUUUCAAAGAGCUCCUCAUAAUGUUGGAUUGUGGGCUGUCAUCCCACUCUGUGCUCAACUUCCUACCGCUGCCUCCAGUGCCUAGCACUCGACUAGCAUCCCUGCCUAAUUACACACCACCACAUCACAAUGAUCCAGUCUUGGAAGGGGAACUAAAGGAGUGUUGCGGCAGAGUGUUUGUGGAUAGCAUGCCUGAGUUUUGUCCGCCUCUCGAUAAAGUAGUCGAUUUUUCUCAGCUAGAUGUAAUAUUAAUCUCAAAUUACACUUGCAUGCUGGCCCUGCCUUUUAUAACAGAAGAUACAGGUUUCAAGGGCCAAGUGUAUGCCACUGAACCUACUCUACAAAUAGGAAGGUUCUACCUGGAGGAGCUGUCGGAGUGGGUGUGCUCAAGCGGGUCGGGGUCGGGCUCGGCCAAGCGUUGGAAGGAGGCAGUGCACGUGCUGCCCGCCCCCCUCGCCGACGUGGUGCGGCCCCGCGCGUGGCGCCGCCUGCUCGCCCCGCACCACGUGGCCCGCGCCCUCGCGCGCGUCCGCGUGGUCGGCUACGACGAGAAGGUCGACCUGUACGGCGCGCUCGACGCCACCGCCGUCAGCUCCGGCUUCUGUCUGGGCUCCGCCAACUGGGUGCUGCGCUCCGCCCACGAGAAGGUCGCCUACGUGAGCGGCUCCAGCACGCUCACCACGCACCCGCGCCCCAUCAACCAGGCGGCUCUGCGGGGCGCCGACCUGCUGGUGCUGGCCGCGCUCACGCAGACGCCGGCGCACAACCCGGACCACAUGCUGGGCGACCUGUGCGUGCACGCCACCGUCACGCUGCGCGCCGGCGGCUCCGUGCUGUGCCCCGUGUACCCCAGCGGCGUGCUGUACGACCUGCUGGAGUGCCUGUCGGCGCACCUGGACACGGCGGGGCUGGCGCACGUGCCGCUGUACGUGGUGUCGCCGGCGGCCGAGGCGUCGCUGGCCUACAGCAACAUCCUGGCGGAGUGGGUGUCGGCGGGCAAGCAGGCGCGCGUGUACCUGCCCGAGGAGCCGUUCCCGCACGCGGCGCUGGUGCGCGCGGGGCGGCUGCGGCACGCGCGGGACCUGCACGACGACUCCUUCAGCGCAGACUUCCGCCAGCCCUGCGUCGUCUUCUGCGGACACCCCAGCCUGCGCUUCGGCGCCGCCGUGCACCUCGUCGAGCUGUGGGCCUGCAACCCGCUGCACGCCAUCAUAUUCACAGAACCGGACUUCCCGUACACGGAGGCGCUGGCCCCCUUCCAGCCGCUGAGCAUGAAGGCCUUCCACUGUCCCAUCGACACGUCGCUCAACUACUCGCAGGCCAACAAGCUGGUGCGCGAGCUGCGGCCGCGCGAGCUCGCCCUCCCCGAGCAGUACGCCGCGCCCGGGCCCGCCGCCGCCGCCGCGCGCCCGCACAUCGCCGCCGACGUGCCCACCGUGGUGGUGCGGCGCGGCACGGCGCGGCGCGUGGGCGGCCGCCGCACGCUGGCCCGCGGCACGCUCACGCUGCGGGACAGCCGCCUGCACGUGCACUCGCCGCCGCCGGGCGCGGGCGGGGCGGGGGGCGCGGAGGCGGGCGGGCGCGUGGAGUGCGGCGCGCCGGACGUGGAGGCGCUGGUGCGGGAGCUGCGGCGCGCGGGCGCGGAGGAGGCGCGGGUGGAGCGCGGCGCGGACGGCUGCAUCGUGCACCUGCCGCGCCACGACACGCUGGUGCACGUGGACGCGCACGCCACGCACGUGUUCUGCGAGGCGGGCGCCGACCUGCGCCUGGCGCUGCGGCAGGCGCUGGCGCUCACCGUGCCCACCAUAUAG